UUUUGACCCCUUUGGUUAUCGAAAGGCUCUCCCUCUUUCCCUCAAUGCUUUUGUGUCUUUUUUCUCUUUCUCUCUCAUCACUUACAUGAAGAAGCUCCUCCUUCUAUCCAUUGAAGAUAGAUACAUACACACGCAUUUACAUACAGUUUAAAGAGAGAGAAACUAGAGCGAGAAAGCUCUUUGAACUUCAAUUUUGAGUGUUGAUUGCUGUUUCUAGGGUCUCUUUUUUUGCAUGUUUUUGAGCUGAGGAGGAGUUCAGUGCUUUUUUUCUGGUGAAUUUUGGAGGAGGAAGUUUUAUUUUGUGUUUGUUUUUGGAAUUGAUUAGUGUGGAUAUGAGAGAUCUGUGUUGAGAAUUAGUGUACGGAAAUGGCUGCUUCGGAGGUAUCGAUUCAAGGUUACAGCGAGCCGAGUGAUGGUUCUAGGCCGGUUUCAGAUACUGUUAGGAGUAGUUCCGGUGUCGGAAGAGUUGAUGCUGAUACGGCGUUGUACACGGAGCUUUGGCGUUCAUGUGCCGGUCCACUUGUGACAGUACCUAGAGAGGGUGAGCUCGUGUACUAUUUCCCUCAAGGACAUAUCGAGCAGGUUGAAGCAUCAACAAAUCAAGUGGCUGACCAGCAGAUGCCUUCGUAUAAUCUUCCAUCUAAAAUUCUAUGCCGUGUGGUGAAUGUCCUGUUAAAGGCUGAACCAGAUACUGAUGAGGUGUAUGCACAGGUGACUUUGAUGCCGGAGCCAAAUCAAGAUGAGAAUACAGUGAAGAAGGAACCAAUGCGCCCUCCUCCACCACGAUUUCAUGUACACUCUUUUUGUAAGACUCUAACAGCCUCUGAUACAAGCACUCACGGUGGAUUUUCCGUCUUGAGACGACAUGCUGAUGAAUGCCUCCCCCAACUGGAUAUGUCUCGGCAGCCUCCCACACAGGAGUUGGCGGCCAAAGAUUUACAUGGAAAUGAGUGGCGAUUCAGGCAUAUAUUCCGGGGCCAACCUAGGAGGCAUCUUCUUCAGAGUGGUUGGAGUGUCUUUGUUAGUUCGAAGAGGCUUGUUGCUGGGGAUGCAUUCAUAUUUCUUAGAGGUGAGAAUGGGGAGCUUCGUGUUGGAGUUAGACGUGCCAUGAGACAGCAAGGAAAUGCUCCAUCAUCGGUGAUAUCCAGUCAUAGCAUGCAUCUUGGUGUACUUGCAACAGCUUGGCAUGCCAUUCAAACAAAAACGAUGUUCACUGUGUAUUACAAACCAAGGACAAGCCCUACUGAGUUUAUAGUUCCAUAUGACCACUAUAUGGAAUCUGUGAAGAACAAUUACUCUAUUGGAAUGAGGUUUAAGAUGAGGUUUGAAGGUGAAGAAGCUCCAGAGCAAAGGUUUACUGGAACUAUAGUUGGCAUUGAAGAUGCUGAUCCCCAAAGGUGGCUUGAAUCUAAGUGGAGAUGUCUGAAGGUCCGGUGGGAUGAAAAUUCUAGCAUUCCAAGGCCAGACCGAGUUUCACCCUGGAAAAUAGAACCAGCUCUUAGCCCUCCUGCACUUAAUGCACCUCCAGUCGCAAGGCCAAAAAGGCCUAGAUCCAGUAUUUUGCCCUCAUCUCCUGAUUCAUCUGUCCUUACUAGGGAAGGUUCAUCAAGAGUGACAGCAGACCAUUCCCAAGCCAGUGGGUUUCCGAGGGUCUUGCAAGGUCAAGAGUUAUCUACCUUUAGAGGCGGCUUUGCAGAAAGUAAUGAGACAGACUUGUCUGAGAAACCAAUGAUAUGGCAACCAUCAGUGAAUGAUGAAAAGAAUGAUAUUCAUUCUGCAUCAAAGAGAUAUCUUCCAGAUAAAUGGCUACCUUUAGGGAGGCCUGAGUCAUCUCUCACAGAUUUAUUAUCAGGUUUUGGAGUGCCAAAUAACUCCUCCCAUGGGUUCUGUCCCUCUGCGGACCAAGCUGCAUUUGGUGCUAGCUUGGUGAAGCAACAAACACAAGAUCAGGAAAAGGAUUUUAGCUUAUUGGGAAAGCCUUGGUCUCUUCUGUCUUCUGGUCUCUCUCUUAAUCUGAUGGAUUCUGGCUCCAAAGCUCCUGGCAUAGGGGGUGAUACUCCCUAUCAAAUGCGGGGAGAUGCUAGGUAUAGUGGUUAUGGUGAGUUUUCAGUCCUCCCCGGUCAUAGGGUUGCAAAUCAGCAGGGAAGCUGGAUUAUGCCUCAACCAGUGUCGCCUUACAUGCAGCUCUCCUCUCAUUCAAGAGAAAUGAUGCAUAAACCCACUGUAGUAAAGCAACCUGAGGCUGUGAAACCCAAAGAGGGUAACUGCAAACUAUUUGGCAUUCCCCUGACAAGUAAUGUUUGCACAGAUCCUGUUAUGAUGCGGAAAAGUUCAUUGAUUGAUCCACCAAGUGAUAUGAAUAUUGGUAUACACCCUCAUCAAUCCCUUGCCACUGAUUCUGAUCAAAGGUCUGAGCAAUCAAAGGGAUCAAAGGUGGAUGAUGGAAUUGCAGCUAAUGAUCAUGACAAACAAUUUCAUGCCUUUCAUCUUUCUGCUAGAGAUAGGGAUGGUAAAGGUCAUAGUAGUUCUACAAGGAGCUGCACAAAGGUUCAUAAACAGGGUACAGCACUCGGAAGGUCCGUAGAUCUUGCAAAGUUCAACAAUUAUGACGAAUUGAUUGCUGAACUGGAUCAACUUUUUGAUUUUAAUGGUGAACUCAAGGCUCGGAGUAAGAGUUGGCUGGUUGUAUAUACUGAUGAUGAGGGUGACAUGAUGCUUGUUGGAGAUGAUCCAUGGCAGGAAUUUUGUGGUAUGGUUCGCAAGAUUUUCAUCUAUACAAAAGAGGAGGUGCAGCGUAUGAAUCCAGGGACCCUUAAUUCAAAAGGCGAGGACACUUCUUCUGUCGCUGAGGGCUCAGACGCUAAAGAAGUGAAGAAUCUGCAACUUCCUUCUGAAUCUGGUCAAGCAGAAUCUUAGGUUUUCCUCCAAAAUUGAGGUUUAUAAGAUAGCGAGGAGAUGGCUUUUAUCCACCUAGGUGUUACUUUUUUGGGGAUUUUUGAAUAUAACCUACAAUAUCAACUCCCUUUGACUUCUGGAUGGGGAUGCUCUCUUCAUAUAAAUGCAGCUUCAGUAUUUGCAGUUUUGAACCCUUUUUUGGAGCCAAUAUCUGGCCCCUUAUCUAUCUAUACAUAGUAUAUGUAAAUUAUCAGCGUUGGUCAUUAACCUUGCUUCUGCCAAUCUCACUUUGUACAUACCAAUUUCUCUAGCUGUAGCUGUAAGUAAGAUUUCGAUUCUACUAUGUAUGUACCUGCCUUACUGUUGAUUUUUGUGGAAGUGGUAUACAACUGCUUUGGGCAGAUAACA